GGGGUUGAUGUUUGCACAUGGUCUUAAGCGGAGCCAACCGUUGACCGAAAGGAAGCAUCACAAAAUUAGUUGUGUGUGCCCUGCAGUGUUUGACCCUCGUGUGUCGUUAGUGCUCUCUUGUUUUUGUGGAUGGCUGUUUGUUUGCCGGUGGGCUUGAAUGGCCGCAGGAUCUGAGAAGAAUAUAAUAGUAAAACAAACGUUUGGCCAGCUGGACGCAAAGCGAGUCACAACAGGAUUAAUCUUCGGUAACUUUCGGACGAGGAUUGAACUCGUUUUGUCAUACUGCCUAACAAGUGUUGUUAAAGUGAGCAUAAACUGUGUGUCAUAUAGUAAUAACGAUAUUUGAAUAAUUAUUGAACGCUAGCAAAGAGUUUCUGGCAGUGAAGUGUGUGAACGAGUAACAUUAUGAAAGCAGUUGCAGUUUGAGUCCGUUGCCGACAGCAAAAGCGAGCCUACAAUCCUCGAAGCAUUUUUUACCGUUUUCCACCGCCAGAAGGAGAUAGCCAACAGUCAACAGUCUACAGGGAUUACACAAUGAAAGGAGUGUUGAUCCUUUGCUUUCACGUGUUGGUGCUGAGCUUUCGGGCAAAGGCCUGGCAAGCGGUGCGGAAUCCGUUCGAGUUUAUCAAGCCACCGGAGAAGAUGAUCCAUGUGACAGAUUGUAUGCACGUGACAUCCGAGGAGGGGGAGUUUUACUUCAAGAAGACAGCCCCGAUUGUUUCAACCCCCAAGCAUGGCCGGCUGAUCGAUGUGAUGAGUGUGGCGCCAUCGAUGGAGGUAUGUGGACUGUAUUUCGUCACCGAUCCGGACAAAAUCGUUGAGGUUUCCGUCAAAUAUAUGGAUGUGAACUGUGAAACGGGUGGGCUGAUGUCUUUCGUUGACGGAUGGGAGCUGAAUGGGAUGUAUUUUCCAACCGAGCAUGAUCACGCCAAAAGUUUGGACCAACGAACCGAGGAGUUCUGCAACGACCCGAAGAUGUACCCCUUCAAACCGGUUCGGAAAGCGUUCCGUUCGAGCCAAAAUGCCGCGCUGGUACAGUAUCGGAUACCAAUCAGUGGUUCGUUCGUAGUGUCGGUACGAUAUCUUCACAACCCAGAUCCAUGUAACAUCAUGGCUGAAGGCGUUGCUCCAUUCUACACGCUGAAUAAUCAUGGCAUGCAUCGGAACUGCACGUUGACGGCGGUCUUCCCGGCCGUCGUGUCAAUCGUUGGCAUAGACGUUGGAGGACUUAAGGACGGUGUGAAUUAUGAUUGCGAUCGACCAGAUGUUGUAGACAGACUGGAUAUUGGAGGAUCCUCCGGGCUCGAUUCUGCCGACAUGGACAAAUCAAGCUCGGUUUGUGGCAAAAGUUUGGAACUUGGUCCCGAGCAGACCAUCAUGUGCGGUACCACCACGGCACGAUUGAUUUCCAGCGGUCGAUACGUCAACCAGGCAAUGAUAACGGUACGCGUUGCGGAUGAGAAUGACAUUCCGAUGGCAACGGUUCUCUGUGACAUGAGAAGGAAAAAGAAGUAAACAGUAACAGCACGUGCACUGAUGAGGAAAUUGAACCUGCUCAGCUGCUCAAAAUAAUAUGCAAAUCAAAAACCAAAUGUAAAAUAUUGUAUCUGCUAGUUUAGAAAUAAACGUCUCUCAAUACAUUCUUGCUUCACCGGGUGGCAAUUCAGAGGCUUGAUCCAAAAAG